UCUCUUUUAAAACGAGGUGAGUGAAUGGAACUGUUCCCUCUCUUUUUUUGCUGUGACCUCCCUCGGUGGAAACCCAGGAAUCAGUGCUCCCGCGGUGCUGGCGCUCAUGUAAAGCCGGCUCCCACACUGAGUUCCACAGGAUGGCUCAGGCUGGAAGGGACCGCGGUGCUCAUCCGGUCCAACUUCCCUGCUCAGGCAGGGCCAUGGCGGAGCACAGGCCACGGGGCUGCAUCCAGACGGUUCGGCAGUGUCUCCAGCGAGGGAGCCUCCUCCCGUCCCCGAGCAGCAGUGACGCCGCUUUGCUCAGCCUCUGCUCGGGGCCUUGCCGUGUCCCACUGCGCCCGUCAGCGCGGCCGAGCCCGACCGCCCGAGGCCCUCCGCGCUCCCGCGUCACUUCCGGCCGCGCCGCCCCGCCCGCGCCUGCGCACCGCCGCUUCCUCUCCGCGUCGGCGCCGGCGGAAGAUGGCCAAGCGCACUAAGAAGGUCGGGAUCGUGGGUAAAUAUGGGACCCGUUAUGGUGCAUCCCUUAGGAAAAUGGUGAAGAAAAUUGAAAUCAGCCAGCAUGCCAAGUAUACCUGCUCCUUCUGUGGCAAGACCAAAAUGAAGAGGAAGGCUGUGGGUAUCUGGCACUGUGGAUCCUGCAUGAAGACAGUUGCUGGUGGUGCCUGGACUUACAAUACCACCUCUGCGGUGACAGUCAAAUCUGCCAUCAGAAGACUGAAGGAACUGAAAGACCAGUAGGAGCUACUUCCUGUUCUCCUUGUGAAACAUCUUUUUUUCUCCACCGUCAGGAUCUGUCCUUUUAUCAAUAAAAGGGUCAUGAUGGAGUGGAA